AUGGCCAAGUCCAAGAACCACACCACACACAACCAGUCCCGGAAAUGGCACAGAAAUGGCAUCAAGAAACCCCAGUCACAAAGAUACGAAUCUCUCAAGGGGGUCGACCCCAAGUUCCUGAGGAACAUGCGUUUUGCCAAGAAGCACAACAAGAAAGGCCUGAAGGAGAUGCAGGCAAAUAACGCAAAGGCCGCAAGUGCUCCUGCGGAGGCCAUCAAGGCCCUGGUGAAGCCCCAGGUGGUGAAGCCCAAGGUGCCAAAGGGCCCCAGCCGCAAACUCACCCGUCUCGCUUUAAUCGCUCACCCCAAGCUUGGGAAGCGGAUUAGAAGCUACAUGGCCAGGGGUCGCAGGCUCCAAAAAACAAAGCCCAAGGUUCAAGCCAAGGCAGAGGCCUCAGCUGCAGCUCAGGCUCCCAAAGGUGCCCAGGCCCCUGUGACGGCCCCAUAA